CGAGGGUGACCCAAAUUUUCCUGUUGUGGAGGUGGGACAAGUAUGAUAAGAUGCAACGUUUCUCAAAGUUCAGUAAAAAAAAUAUACGUAAAUUUAGGCGGAGUUUCAGAGCCAUUUCAAAUGUUUGAAAAUUUCUAAAAGAUGGCUUUGGAUCCCUUCCUCUUUAUAAACUUUUCAAAAAUGCAUCUCAUUGAGCUGAUCAUAAUUCAACAAUAAAUAGUAGUAGUCACCAAGUUCUUUCUCGAGUUAAAAGCGCUAUAAACGAAAUUCAAAGAUGUUAUUUAACAAGUAGUAAUGUUGCUGUGGUAACAGCUAUGUGUGAUAUCAUACCAAUAUUCAUGAUAUAAUAUCCCUUGAUUAAGAUAGGUCGUGUUGAUCCAUCAAAGUAUAACUGUUAGAAAAGUGCUGGAAACUGACCCUACUGUUCUUCUCCAAAUGCAGAGAACCCUUUUUGACUUAUCUGAUGCGUUUUCUUCUUCUCUAGGGAUGCACUGUUGUAGUUGAAGUCUGGGAUGAUGACGGCGGUCAGAUUGUAGGUGCUCUCCAUGAUUACGUCGACAAGUACACUCUCACAAUAGCUCGUGGCGCUGAUCCGGAUCCUAAAUCUGCCAUGCAGGAAACUAAGAGGCUAUGUGGCGCAAGGUCGUGCAUGACUGUGACAGUCACGCUGCAUUGCGGCGCCAACUAUCUUAUGCCAGACUGUCACACUUAUUGUGCGUCACGCAAUGACAGUCUUGGUCACUAUCAUUGUAACUUCACGGCCGGGAGAAAGGUGUGUCACGAUGGUUGGUACGAUCCUUUUACAGACUGUGUAAAGAAAAAGAAGGUUUGCAUUCCCAGAAAUGAUUCCUUUGGUCAUUACAACUGCGAUCCUGUAAGCGGGGAGAUACUGUGUCUAGAUGGGUGGACGGGGAAUAAUUGCACACAAGGUAUAGUACGUAGUUUGUUGAUAUGGUGGGUGAUUGGAAGACAGUGGACGACCGCAACGGAGGAAGAAUUACGACUUGAGCUGGUGAACAAAGUCAAUGAAUAUUGUACUAAACAGCCUCUUCCAUGCCAAAUUACAUCGAACACCACUGUGAAUAGAACUAUCUUCAACAUGUCGCAUGUCAUCAUGAGAGUAACAAAUGGUUCAAACGGAGAAGUCGUUGUCCGAGUAAAAAUGAAGCUUCCCGAUAGCGUACCGCACAUUCCCGGAUCAGGUGAGAUAUGUAUCAUGCAUAAAAUGAGACAAAGCAUAAGUCGAUUUUUCUGUCUUCGCUCUUUUCCAGAAUACGUGCCAUCUAUCGUUUUCAAAACAGUAGUUUUGAGGAACGAACUACCACUGGAAAAGCGCCUUGGAGUACAGAUCCUGACUGUGAGAGAGGUCGUUUGGGACCGUCCUACCCUACCCCCUAUGAAAUCUUCAUCUUUCUCCCUCAGUGUUCGAGUGACGGUCAAAGACAUACCAACUAUCCUUCAGAAUCAAGACUACUCUGGCUUUCUUCCCUACUUGUUAGUAGCCCUGUGCAUGACAGCAGCUGUUAUCGUGGGUUUUGCAUUUUACAGGAGAAGCAAGUUGCGUGAGGUGAGAGUGCGGCCGGAGCCCGAAUGCCCAUCAGAGGAAGAACUAUUGGUCUUACCUCCAAGAAAAUCAACACUUGUAAGGCCCCGUUCAGCUCCGAAUGACACAAAUAGAAAGGAGAACUGUCACAGUGACCUAAAAUCAUCAAACGAAGAUCCGGAUGACUACAAUCGAGGCAACAGCUAUCUCUUCCGAUCAGAACCACACCUGCGAGAGUUAACCGAGCUAGAUUUAAAGUCGCCUGACGAAGGCGCUAAUGAUAACUUUCACGUCAACAAGAAUAUUUUUCUGUCUGCAGCCCGUCUGCGAGAGCCGACUGAGCCAGUAGUAUUCAACAGCGGCGUUGCUACGAAACAAGGCGCCCCUUCAUGA